CCCGUCGGCUGUCCCGGCUGGGUCAGGGGCGCUUGACCCUCUGGGUCUGGAAGGGCGACAGGGAUUCCGCUCCUGAACGACACGCCCCCAAUGAAGAACAAAGACAGGCAUGGUAUGGAUGGCUGGAUGGAUGGAUGGAUGGCUGGAUGGAUGGAUGGAUGGAUGGAUGGAUGGACGGGCCGUGUCCGUUGGGUGACCGUGUUGUGUUGUGUUGUGUUGUGUAUGUACCGUCGAACACCCGCAUGAUGGAGUCGAUCAUUUCGUCCGUGAGGUGGGUGGCCUUGUGGAGCUUCUUGAACCUGGCGCUCUUCUCCUGCGGGUCCACUGAUGCCAUCUUGAUCCUCUUUAUCUCCGCCCACAGCUGUGCCGCCUUAUCCUCAGCCGCCGACCUCUUCAUCGCAUCCCUCUCGGCUGCAUACCACAGCACCACAGAAAGCGCCACUGCAACCCUUAUCUGCCAUGGAUACUGAUGCACUUCCGUGCUCACCUUUGGCCUCGGCCCUGCGCCUAGCUGCCGCCGCGAACAGAUUCGGCGCCGGGGGAGCCACGCCCUUCUUCUUGUAGGAGAUACACAGCCGCGACAUGGAGAAACACCAACAAGCUAAGAGAACUCCACAAUGCUACCUGCAACCACAUGUACAUUCAGAGAUGCACCCACAGAAGAUAUGUAUGGAUGGGAUCUCGGUGAUCUUGGCGUAUUCGUCCGGCUUUCGGGCGCACAUGUGUGUGAGCGAGUGUGAGGCGUGCAUUCUCACCGGCGAUGCUGUUCUCGCGCAGAAGGGCGGCCUUGCUCUUCGGAGAGCCGGUAGGGCAGCCGUUUGAUGGGACCCGUCAGUGCAACGACUGCUGCCUGCAGCUGGCGAGGGAGGGCACUCCAGGCAGACGGAUAUGAAGCCUUUCGGGUGGUGGAAAAGGCCCGCCGAUGUGAGAAUACGACAGAAUGGGAGAGCC